AUGAUAUCGAAUAUAGAAUCUAGAUCCAUGCUCACGAACGCAGAACAGAGAGUGGACCAAAAGGAAUACGAGCGUAGUAAUGACAUUCAGCGAGGGGCGAAGACGUGGCCGAGGGAAACGGCAUUGCCGAAGCGGAGCGUGCCUGAUCCGUGUCAUCGGGCCCGAGAUCGCGUGCGGCCGUUUUGGCGCAUUCAUUUCGACCUGUCAAUGCGCCAGUCGCUCCUCAAUCAGCUUCGGGAGCCGUCCGGAUCCAGCGUGAUUGGCGCCUCGCUUGAUCGACGCUCGCCUCCGAUCGCUUCGUUUAUUGGCGCG